UAUGGAAUAAUAGACAACAGCGAUGGGAAAAAAAGAGAGCGAGUGCAAAAGAAGAACAAGAAGAAGAGAGUAGUAAGCGCCUGAAUGAUUGACGUGAUAUGUUGAUGCUGUUGUCCGUCUUUCUCUGUGUGUGUAUUGUGUUCGGGUUUUUUUUCGGGUUUGGAAAAGAAUAAGAAUUCUUGGAUCAUAGAAUAAUCAUUGAUUUUUUUAUGGUCAUUGUAAUUUGUUUACAAUAGAAUUUUAUUUGAAAAAUGUCAUCAACACAGAAUACGACAGCAGCCACUACCAUAACAAACAGUGAAAAUGACCAAUCAAUGUCUUCGGCACAAUCAGCCGCUUCAUCAUCACCAUCAUCAUCAAUGUCGAAUAGUAAAGCCAAUUUGAUUAUUAAUUAUCUUCCGCAAACUAUGACAGAUGAAAGUUUUCGUGUCAUGUUUGCCAAAUACGGUGAUAUUAGAUCAGCACGAAUAAUACGGAAUAAAAAUUCCGGCUAUUCAUAUGGUUUUGGUUUUGUCGAAUAUUUCCGACAAGAAGAUGCUGAAAUGGCCAUUAAAAAUCUUAAUGGUAUUGUUAUGAAUAAUAAAAAGAUGAAAGUAUCAUAUGCACGGCCAUCAAGUGAUGAUAUAAAAAAUGCCAACAUUUAUGUCACCAAUUUGCCUUCGACAUUUACCGAAAAUGAUGUUAGAGAACUGUUUGCCGAAUGUGGCGAUAUUAUACAAUGUCGAUUGAUUGGAAAUCGAAGUGGUACAGCAUUUGUUUUGUUCAAUCUCAAUGAACAGGCACGACAAGCUAUCGAUCAAUUUGAUCGUAAGUUGGUGCCCGGUACUAAUUGUCGGAUGAAAGUUAAAUUCGCCACCAAUGAGCCAAACAAAAAAAUGACGAUCAAAGAUGAUAAUAAUGAUUUUAGUGAAAAUAAUAAUAAUAUAAAUCUCACACCACCCACGGCGAAACAUCAAAAACGUUACCAUAAUCAAUCUAACAAUAAUAAUCUUUUUAACAAUUCAGCCAAUCAACGAUUAUCAUCCGGUCCUAUGCGCAAUACAUCGCAUCAUAAUCGUUAUAAUCCUUUAGCACAAUUCCAUGUACAACAAGCACCAAUGGUCGAUGAUCCAUCAAUGUUAUAUUCAGACCGUAAUCACCACCACCAUCAUUCAUCACAUCAUCAUAAUCCAUAUGGUACAAUGAAAAUGGUGGGAGAUUCUUCACAAUAUUUUGCUACAAGUAAUGCCGAUCUUUUUGCUACAGCAGGCAAUGGCGGCAGUUAUGAUGGAAAUCAGCUUGAUCCAACGAACAGCGGAAGUGGAAGCAGUAGUGGUGGUUUAAAUGAAUAUAUUCUUUUUGUUUAUAAUAUCGGACCCGAAACAGAUGAAUAUAAUUUGGGCAAAUUAUUCUCCUACUAUGGCCAAGUUUUGAGAGUCAAUGUUAUACGUAAAGGUGGACCACAAAAUGCUGGAGAAGGUAAAGGCUAUGUCUGUGUUGGCGUCAUGAAUAAAUUAAUAUCCAAAUUAUCAUCGGACGAAAAAUCUGAUCCUCAAAAAAUUGAACAACGUUUUCGUGAAUUUUGUUUAGAAACAAAAAAAGCUGAAAAUCGUUUUUGUUAUUACAUUGGGGGUUUAGAAGAAUCAGCAACCAAAAUUUUGGGUGAAAUGUCCAAACCAUUAAGUUGGGGUAUGCCAGCUGAAAAAAUCUGUGAAAAAUUACAGAAAAAAGAUUCACAAAUCUGUGAUCUCCGUUAUGAGAAGAUAAUCGAUUUGAAAACUGUCGAUCUGAAAAAAUUAAAAGUAAAAGAUUUAAAAAAAAUUCUAUCCGAUUGGGAUGAAACCUGUGAUGGGUGCAUCGAGAAAGCCGAAUUUAUAAGUCGUAUUGAACAGCUCAAAUCAAAAUAUAUACGUGAAGAUUUAUAGGGUAUAAUUUGUAAAAUCGAUAUUAUAGAUUUAUUUUAAAAAUGAACUUAAUUUAUCCCAACAAAUUUCCAUUUGUUUAACACAUACACACAUUCUAUGAAAAAAAUUAAUCAUUU